CACAGUGAAAGAUAGUUAGCAGUGCACCAUAGUCACUAGUGGUUUGUUUGGUACAGAGGAUGGGGGACGACUUGGGAGACGAAUGGUGGGUCCACGGAGAAAAUUCAGGUGGAUCUGAUGGGGAGCCUGAGCCUGAGAGGGUUAAGAAGCAACCUCAGGUGAAGGGGAAGACGAACGAUGAGGAGGAGGAGCCUAAGAAACCACAGCAACCCAAGAAGAAGAGGAAGAACGACGACACGGCAGGUCCAGUGAAGGAGAAGAAGAAAAAGACUGUGGCCCUGAAAGAGCACAUCAAACAACAGACAGAUAAAGUGCCAGUGGAAGGAAAUCAGAAAACAAAGAAAAAGAUAAAGACAGAGAGCCCCAUCAAGCAAAAGACGGACGCAGCACCUGCAGAUGGAACUCAAAAAAAGAGAAAGAGGAAAAAGAAGAAGAAGACCAUCACGGACGUGCUGGCGUCCACUGAGGCGGUAGGGGGCUGUCCAGCGGACCUCCAGAAGGUUCUCCAGACCCACCUGAGCUCCACGCGCUCCGUCAUCGAGCAGGAGGAGCUCGCGCUGCAGGACUCAAGUUUCCUGUCCUGUAAUGAUCUCACACACACGCUGUCCUCCUACAUGAAGGAAGUGUGUCCUAAGUGGGCUAAACUACAGAAGCGGCACACACUCAAGAGGUCACUCGUCAUCAUCAUCGCCUGCAGCUCUGCUCUGAGGGUCCUGGAGCUUAUCAAGCAGCUGGUUGUAUUUAAAGGAGAGGCCAAAGUACUGAAACUCUUCGCCAGACAUAUAAAGGUGGAGAAGCAGAUUCAGCUGCUGAACAACACAGUUGCCCACAUUGGAGUGGGGACGCCUGCCCGCAUCACAGAGCUCAUCCAGAAAGAUGGACUGAGUCUAGAGGCUUUGAAGUAUGUGGUUCUUGACUGGAAUUGGAGAGACCAGAAAUGCAGAAGGAUGGUGGACAUACCAGAGGUGAAGGGAGAAGUGUUGAAAAUGCUGGAAGCUGGGAUAUUACAACGUUGUGGAGUUGGAGAAGCUAAGAUUGGACUCUAUUGAUAGCACACAUACACCCCUCAAUCACACACACACACACACACACACACAAUAUUGCCACUUCAUCAUAUGCCGCUCUGUUCAUGAUUUUUAUUGUAUUUUUUGUCUUGAAAUGCCCAAAAAGAUAUUUCUUCAUGACUGUUUGUUCUUUAUGAAAAACUGAAGACAUAUUUAUGUGUUUUGUAUUUUGUAUAUAAACUCUGGGACAUUUUCUUUACAUAAACAUCUGUGAUUGGA